AGUUUUUGUUAUAUUAACUACAAUAUACAAGUAUAGCUUCUGGGUAAAUAUUCCUUAUAUUUGGAGUUUGGUUUAUAGAUUAAAAUUAAAAACUCUGAUCGAUUGAUUUGAAUUUUUAAAUAAUAAAAUAACAAUUAUUAAUAAAUGUAUCUAAAAUAAGAUUUUUUAUGAGUGACUAGUACAUCGAUACUCAUAUCCAUUAAUAAUUAUUUAUUUGACCUUACAAAAUAUAAAUUAGUACAUCAUCUAAGUGGUUAAAUACAACGAUUAUCAUGAAUUAAGAAAAAAUAUAUCACACAUUCAUUGUGUAGUAAUUGUAAGGACAAACAAAUAUUUAAUAAAACUUUACCUAAAGCCAAGCGAAUACAUGCGAUUUUUUAAACGUUUCUGUGACAAAACAAAAUCGUAUGUGGGCACCUAAACUAAACAUUAAUCUUAUCUUAGUAAUAUUUUAAAUUUGAAUUUAAAAACACUUAUAAGUACCCAACUACUAUAUAAAGACAGAUUAAAUGUUGGAAAAUUUGUUAGAUUUAUAUCAUCUCUAAUAUGAAAACUAUAAUUUUCUGUGCUAUUCUUGGCUUCGCUGUUGCAGGGGUUGUCAGAGAUGAACCAGAAGAAAUUACCAUGGUUAAAUGGGCUAUAGAAUGUGUAAGGAGUUCACUUAGACACGGCCUACCUGCAGCAGGCAUUCCCUCACAUACACCAGUCAAAUUCUCAAAGAACAUUACUCUUCCAUUCAAUCUCAUUGUAACAUCCGGUACUCUUGAGCUAAAUAAUGGAUUAGUUGAAAAUGUUCCAGAAUUUAAUUUGACAUAUAUAGAUUAUGUGGCGGCUAACAACCCUAACGGAUUAUAUUACGACUACACUCUUCACUGGAAACAGAUGGUAAUUAAAAUGCAAUAUGUUUUGUACCUUGAAUCUGAGCGUUAUGAUGGCGAUAUCACUGUUACAUUCAAUAACCUAAACUUUAGUGGAUUUUGGAACAUGACUUUGCCAUCAGAAGAUAGAGAAUUGAGAUUGGAUGGGUUUAAAGUAGAUAUUGAUGUUGAAAGUGUUGAUAUUUCAGUGACAAACUUGUUUGGCUGGUUUUGGAAAAUGAUUGAAUCUCUUAUAGCAGAUGCUAUCAAUAAAUCUUCAGACACUAUUCUAUCAACAUUGCUUCAAAAACGUUUCAAUGAUGCCUGGAUGUCCAAUUCAACCAGAAUUGAAACCGUGAUGAAUGCAUGCAAAAACUAAUUUGUAUAAUUUUAUACAAUAUUGCCCAUAAACAGAAAAUUAAUAAACUAAUAAAAUAUUA